AUGGAUUUAACAGACGAUGAGCACUUAAAUCCGUUGCAAAAAGGCAUAGGUUUAUCGAAAAAGUCAUCUUUGCCGUUAAAUAAUUCAUACUCUUACGAAAGUUCAACUUCAGUUACCUAUCCUGGAUUUGACUCCUAUUCCGAAGGACAUUCUAAUAAACUUGCUAUAAUGAAGUGGCUCCAGUCUGCUGUGAGGGACAGGGAUCUCGAAGAAACAACAUGGAGGACAUAUACUAGUAUUACUUUUUUUAUUCUGUUUUCACUUUUUAGUGGUGUAUUUUAUUUCUUUUCGUUGUUCACCCUGCCACUUAUUAUGUUUGCCCCCUAUAAAUUUGGUAUAUUCCUAACAUCUGGCACGCUAUGUCUACUUAUAGCUGUCACAUUCCUUAAAUCAUUUGAUGGACUGCUAGAACAUAUGAUGAGCUCAAAACGCAUACCGUUUACUAUAGCUCUAUUUUCAUCCCUAAUAACCACUGUAAUAUUUACCCUCAUCAAACCCCUUUACAUAUUGGGUUUGUUAUCGUCCAUUAUUGAGGUUAUUGUUCUUUUUUCGUUCCUAGGGUCAUUCAUACCGGGAGGUGGAAAUGCCUUGAAAUCCAUGUAUAGCGUGGCAUGGAAUUCAUUCAAUGGAAUAGUUUUCAGGGGUAGGGAUCAAGAUGUGCUACCUUUUUGA